AUGUCGAGGAUGCGUCCUAAUUUUGAACCAUUGAGCCGUUCAGAGGAUCUUGCCCAGCGCUCUCGAUCCAUUCGCGAACCAAACACCAAUGGGCAGAAUGGCAAGAACAGCGUCGUCUCCGCCACUAAGUCCAACGAGAUCCUCAGCUUCCUGGGCCGCGUCUUCGAGGCUCAGACCAUCGCCCAGAAGGCGCUGCCAUCCGCGCGACUGCUCCGUGUCCAGGCCACCCUCCCCGCCGGACCAUUCUACCCCGUUACGGACCCGCUGCGUCUGUCGAAGCUGUAUGUGCUGUUCGCGGCCGGCGGUGGGGAGUGCGUCACUGUGCGAUCGACGGGUUGGGACGAGCGGGCGCCGCCUGUCGUAAAGAAGGGGACGCCAAUUCUGGGGCUGCAGACGUUUGCUGUUGAGGACUGCAAGGUCGAAAUCACGCAGGCUGACCAGGCUGUUCGCGAUCAGGUAGGCACGAAGUCUUUCUUCGAGGUCACUCUGUCGAAGCCGCUUGGAAACCCGCAGGACGGCCCGUAUGAUCCAUUGUAUACAUUCCAGAUGAUCGACACCAGUUUGAUUUCUGUGAAUGCUGUGACCGGGAAGAUUGUUGGAAAUUCAUUCUCUGAAGUUGCCUGGUCUGGGUCAACAAUGUCAGGUCUGCUGUCCCGCGCGACAUCCGACUCGCGCUUCCAGCUCGCCGCGACCGCACUGGUGUCUGGAGGCAUCGUGGCCGCGGGCCUGCUGAGCUACCAGCGCCUGUCACACGAGCAGAGGGUGUCGAGGCUCAAGGACUCGAUACCCAAUCCAAGCGACGACCACCCGUUGCAGAAACUCACGAGCCUCGGAACGAUACCUGCGCCCGACAAGGAAGACAUCCGAACCGAGGCACUCGCGCGGCGGGCCCAGGCUGGCGACUUCGACGAUGAGCUGAUCCUCGAGCAGCUGGCGCGCAACCGCGUCUUCCUGACGCCCGAGGGACUCGACAAGCUGCGCAAGUCCUUUGUGGUCGUGGUGGGAUGCGGCGGUGUAGGCAGCCACGCGACAGCAGCGUUCGCCCGGUCCGGGAUCUCGAAGCUGCGGCUGGUCGACUUCGACCAGGUCACUCUGAGCAGCCUGAACAGACACGCGGUAGCAACACUGGCGGACGUGGGGCUUCCCAAGGUGCAGUGCUUGCAGAGGCGGCUAAGGGCGAUCGCACCCUGGGUCAAGUUCGACCUGCGCCUGGAGAAGUUUGACAGCGACAGUGCCGACAGUUUGCUGGCGCCCUGGGCCGAGGGCGGACAGAAACCGGAUUUCGUGGUCGACGCGAUCGAUAACAUCGACACAAAGGUUGCCCUGCUGAAGUACUGCCAUGACCACCAGAUCGAGGUGAUUUCUGCCAUGGGCGCCGGAUGUAAGAGCGAUCCAACAAGGAUCAUCAUUGGUGACAUCAGCGGAACCACAGAUGACGCACUGUCAAGGGCUACGAGGCGGCGUCUGAAGCUGCAGGGUGUCACGCAUGGAAUCGCCGCAGUCUACUCGACAGAGAGGACGUCAGAUGGCAAGGCACAGCUGCUGCCACUGUCCGACGAGGAAUUCCAGAAGGGCCAGGUUGGCGACUUGGGACCGCUGCCUGACUUCCGCGUUCGGAUAUUGCCAGUUCUCGGGACUAUGCCAGCAAUCUUCGGGCUGACAGUGGCCAACCACGUUAUCCUCAAGAUCACGGGCUAUCCAUGCGACUAUGUCGAGUCCAAGGUAUCAGGAAAGACAUUUGAUUCCCUCUUCUCGGCGAUUCAGGCCAACGAACAGAGACUGGUGAGGGCAGAGCCAGGGGCUCCAGCUGAUAUCGCUCUGGGUCUGAGAAUACCCCUGACCCACAGUGAGGUGGCAUUCCUCGUCGAGGAGAUGUAUCGGGGUAGAAGUGUAAUCAGUGGCUUGCCAACAAGUCUGUUCCUGAUCAGGUGGAGGAAACCUCAAGCAAGCAUUCUGAAGACCUUGGGUGAUGGCGAAGACCAGCAGAGGUGGACGACCCUUAAGUUGAGUGAUCUGGUGUGUGUGACGAAGAAGGAAUUCAAGAUUCACGAGGAGCAAGUGCUCAAGGGAGGCAAGUCUCCUGAGGACCUCUAUGAUGCUGAGACGGUCAAGAGGGUCGAGACCAAGAUAGCAGAGGUCGCUGAGUACGAGAGCGUCAGGAUUCCUCAGCUUUUCGAGGUCUUGUAUCGCUCGAUCGGGUACCUGCAGGCGCGUUCUGCUCACAAACGCAUACCAACAUCAUCAUACCUGCCUCCCAAAACACCAACAGUGGAUUCCUUUUUGCACAUCCUCCCGAAACAACAAUAUUCUACCGACGACAGAAUCAUCCAAGCGCAAGUGUCUCAUUCUCCCAGACUUUCUUUUAACCUCGAGUCCGUGAUGGGUUCUUCAGGUCCUGCCGACGGCGACCCCGUCGUGCUUGACAAGGAAAGCGCGACUGGUCAGUUCGUGCGAACGGCCGUUUGCCUCUCGGCGAUCACCCUCAAGCCCUUGACGAUUGAGAACAUACGGCAGCACCCAUCAGUUCAAUUGACAGGGACAAACAAGCCAGGAAUGACGGCAGACCUCGUGGCUAUUGUCAAUUGGCUUGCCGAGCAGACUGGAGCAGAGGUCGUAGGCAAUGUCGUCGAAAGCAGAAAUCUCGAGUUCCGCCCCAAGUAUCGUCCGUCAACCAAGCAGAUUACCCGCAAAGAGAUCAAGAUUGACCCGGGCUCGAUGCUCGCCAGCUGCAUGCUGCACUUUCAGACCAUCCUCCCAUUCCUCCUCUACAUCGGAAGCGAAGACCCCGAGAACGGCAAGCCGAUAGAGCUGAGACUCAAGGGCACAACAUACUCGCCCGGCACACCCAGCUUCGAGUAUAUCGACCAGGUCUUCCUUCCGGCGCUCCGGGACUACUUUGGUGUCGAAAUCAUCUGCCAGCUCGUCAAGCGCGGAUGGGACCGCAUGACCCGCAAGUGCCUCCAAGAGGGAACGGUGCGCUUCAAGAUUCGCCCGCGCAAGAUCGGAACCACCCUUUCGCUUCGGCCCAACGCCAAGCUGUGCGAUGAUGAAGACGUGGCAGGAUCCGUAGACAGUGUGCUGUCAAAUGUUGACGUGACCAUCAUCACGCCUCCAGUGCUGCAUGAACCGCUUCAGGAAAACCUCCAGGGGGACAUCGAGGCCCGCUUUGGGAACAUCGAUGUCAACUUCAAGGUGGAAGAGAGCGGCCACGAUGACCGAGUCUACGUGCUUCUCGUGGGCAGGUCUGAGCACUGUGGUUGGGGUCGAGACUACCUGAUGACCCAACCCCUGAAAGACACGACACUCCUUGCGCUGAGCAAGGAAAUCUCGAGUCAGGUUUGCAAGGAUCUGGAAGAUGAGGUGAAUAGAGAACGUGCAGUCGACGUGCACCUGGAAGACCAGCUGGUCAUCUACCAGUGUCUUGCCGAGGGUCGGACAUGCUUCGAUGCAUUGACUGCCGGGGAAGCAAUUAAUCCCGACUCCUCCACGACUCAGCUUUCGAAGGCGGCUGCGCUCGCCCUGCUGCCGAAUGCCAGUUUCGACGGCAAGACUUGCAUCGGAGCAGGUGCCGACCUUUUGUCGUCGGGCUUUGACAUUCACUGCUUCCUUCUUCCCAGGUUCUAA